AUGAUACUCAAUUCAACAUCAUUUCAAUCAUUCAUCGGACUGACAAUAUUAAGCUUGAUAUUGUACUAUGGCACAAAAUGCAUCGUGAGUUACGUCGAGAGAAAGUACAAAAUCCAUAUUGGUUCUUUGGGCUUCCUUUCCAUAUCUGAUUUAUCAUACUCCGGAACCAAGUCUUACGGAACUCGUCAACACUCUUUCACAAUAGCCAUCGGCAAAUUUAAAAUACGGAUAAGGCGGCCGAAUUCCGAACGCAAGACCUGGAUUACUUUGAUCAUCAGCGAUUUAAGAAUAGUUGUCUCCUCGAUAUGCUUAUUCACCCAUUAUCAACGGCGAAAGCGCAUACACACCAGGCAACCUAGUCUCAUUGUAGCCGUGCCGCAGAAGGCGUGGUGGUCUUAUGUUUGGCUGGUUAAGUUUGUGGUCGCUAAAUUAUCGGCGAUUCCUCUACAAUUUUUCAUUUCCGGGAUAGCAAAUUAUGUGGAUGUGAAUGUGACCGGCAUUGACAUUCUAAUUGAGGACUUGGGUCGAUUCAACAUGAAUGGAAUAUCUUUGGGAAUGAUUUUUUAUGCAAAGGACGCAAAAGAAAAACAAUCUGAUAAGAAUCAAAAUCAGAAAUUACAGAAUUCACAGAAACACUCCAUCAGUAAUCAUCGUCAUGUUUUCCGAAGUAAACUUCUCACCAUCAAUUUCACUUUUUCGGAACUAAAGAUUCGAGAUAUCGCAUCCAUCAAUCAUUCCUCAACCACAAGUCGGCAUAAGAUGAAUCAACAAUGCUUGCCACCGGCAGUUUCAUUCCCUUCUCCUUCGGUUGUCACCCUGUCGUGUCAUCUUUCUCCUGCAUGUACUUCUCUGAUAACAUUUGAGGUUGAUUUGAUGUUUGAUAAAAUCGGUUUGGGCAUAGAUUCAAUCCUUCGUCUGAUUAAAUCGGUGGAGACAUCUAUGCCCAAGAAAGUGGUUAGAGGUCCUCAGGCAGAACCCCAAAAUAUUAAUCCUCCAAAGUUUGGACGUCAAUUUUCGAUGGCAAACUUCUUUGAUCAUUCGAUAAAACGUAAAGCGAGGGCACCGCGGAAAAGGAAAAAGAUGCCUCUUGAGUUUCUCAAAUCUGCAACUUUUCGAACCAAGGGUAUUAAGGUGGAAUAUAAAUUUGCAAAUUUUGAAUCUAAUCAUUCUGGCGACCUCCUUUCCUUGCAGAAUGCCCAAUUCUCGUUAACGGAGUUUUCAGUCUCACUGCAACAAAUUACUGAUCAAGAUGUUGUAUCUGAGGAGGCAUUAAAAUUCCUCGAAUUGAAGCUCGACUUUUUAAUAGAUAGCAUUUAUUGUGAUGUAAAAGACAGGGAGGGAACAGUCGGAUUGUUGGAGGUUGAUAAAAUUGUGAGUGUGAUCAAUUUCUCCAAACCACUUACCCAGACUGACGAGUAUAAUCCAAAUUCUUUGUCUCUGAUUGGAACGCUGGACAUGAUUUCCCCCGAAAUAGUUUUCGCUCUCGAUCAUCUUAAUUCUAUAGAUGAGUUCUUCGACGCCUUCAUCGUGAAAGAUUUGGAUCAACAAUUUACUCCUCUCAAAGCCACCCAUGACUUACCUGAUCCAGGAACAGAGCAGAGGAUACGAGAUCUUCCGAAGAUAAUAUCCACCAUAUCUGUGGUUAACCCACAGAUAAAAAUAACCGGAAUUUCAACUUCCCAAGAAAUUAAUUCACUCUCGUUUGGAUUUCAAGAUAUAUUGUUUGACAUUAAUGGCGACUAUGUAGAAUUGGAUGAUUUACCUGUAGACAAACAAAAAUAUGCGAUGUCGAGGAGGUACAACAAAGGAUUGACACCCCUCGAUUUCUCGUUGAUCUAUAAUUUAGUUUCAAGCAUGAAAACUAGGAAAAUGAGGUUAUACACUAGGGAGUCUGAUUUGGUGCACAGUCAUUCCUGGGAGAUAAAUUUAGCCUCCUCGGUAUUAGGAUCUAUCUCCAGUUAUAUAGAUAAAGAGGAUUCGACAUCCUUUGCCGCAUCAUUGGAUCCGGAGACGAUCAAGAUGGAUUUUGGUUUGUCGUUCGAUGGGUUCGAUGUUCGGAUUUGUGAAAAAAGCACUUUUCUGUUAUUGCAACAUAUCGUCGACGUCUUUUCGAUCCGGAGCCUAAAAAAGAAAGAAAUGAAAGAUUGCCAUUUCGAACACCCAGUGAUACUUGUUCAUCCACCACCUGACAAUUCUCAGUCUUUGCUAACUUAUCUCGAAGCUCUGCUGGUUCACGUCUCUCUUACAUCGGUGGGCGUGAGGAUAGCAGAGGUUGAUUCACAAAUUGAUCCUUCAACGUCGAGAGGCGUUGACAUAAGAUUUCAAGGAAUCGCGUUGGACUAUAAGGGCGCUAGUGCUUCGAUCGAACAUACACAAAGUCUCAGUGAACGAAUCGGACUCGGUCUUGCGGCCGAUGAUGACAAUACUCAGUGUGAGAGUGGGGGUGUGAUUCAUGGGUUCAUCAAAGAUUUUACGAUAACGCCGAUAUUAGCUCUUUGGGAUUCGGAACUGUGCGAAAAUACAACUCCAUUAUUACACAUUCCGGAUGCCGAUCUUCGUGGAAACCUAGGUGUCGAGUAUGUAAAUCAUAAUUAUGAGCUGUCGAUAAAAUCCAGUACAAAAGUUUCCGAGAUGAACGCUACCUAUUCAUUGCUAUAUCAUUAUUGUUGUUUGGUUGGAGUAAUGAACCUCGUUAAAUUAAUACCACCAUCGAAUAACCAUGCAUCGAGGGAUAUUCCGCAUUCGAAACCUGCGAGGGAAAAAAAUCAAAGACUGAUAGAGGCGGACGUCUCGAUUGUUCACACAAAUAUUUCGGUUGAGCUUCCGGAGGGUAUAAAGUUAUUUACACGAGUCGAUAGCUUAAAAUAUAGGUUCGCGUCUCCGGAAGAUCACGGUGUCCAAAUCAAGAAUUUGAAGAUUUAUGGAACUAGUCCUGUUGAGGAAGAGUUAUGGGAUGAACUGAUAAAUGUGGAAAAUACGAGGAUUCUGUUGUUAGAUGAUGAUACAAAACGUGAUCCGGUGACCAAACUUCCAAUUGCAAGUAAAAUGAUUCGAAUUCAGUCCGAUGCAGUUCAUGCGCGUAUCCCUUACAAAUACGUCUUAGCCGAUGUCACCGAUAAUGCGGCUAACUUGGGAAAGGUCAUAAAGCAAUUGCAACAACGUAUUUUUAAACCCGAUGAAUUAUCAGUACCAGAUCCUGAGGAGGAGGGACCCAAGAUUCUACCAACAAUCCAAUUGAAAGUUGCCAUCGUAACUUUUCGUUUGGAGGAUGAUCCGUUCGAGGGGAAACUAUCGGUGAUAUGGAAACUCGGUUGUCUCGAGCAAAGAGCACGAUUGGAAAGAGAAGUUGCAUUUGAAGAUAAGGUGAAUUCUAUCCGGUCUCAUGCGAAUCCACAAGAUGAGACGAGCGGCAAAGGUUUGAUCGUAGAAGACUAUGAUGUUACUUCGUCAAAGAAUGGGGGACGAAAGAUGUCACGCGGAAAAAUAGUAACAGACCCACGUUCCAAGAACUCUCAGUUCAAUAAGUUCCGUCCUCAACCUUCACCUGAUGCGAAUAUUUCGAUUAGUGAAGCACGAGCUCGUUUGGACAUGUACAAUUCAAGAAGUUGGAUCAAAUGCAUCAAGGCGUCUCGUGCAGAAAAAAAGAAAGACCGACGAAAGGUUAAUGAUUUUAAGAAAAAUUUGCCUAUUUUGAUAACAAAGCCUUCACAGCAUCCUGCUUUGUUCAGAGUGACGGUGGAGAAAUUUCUGUUGACACUAUCGACUCCCUCAUUUCCUAUCGAUGAAUUACCUCAGUAUUUGAACAGAAUAGGAAAAGGAUUGCCUUUGGAUACAAGAUUUACUCUCUUGGUGCCAAUGCAUUUGAAUUGUAGAUUUAAGGAGGCCUGGGCGGAAAUUCGCGACUACCCGUUGCCGUUGGCGUGCAUUCCGUCUGCCAGUCUGUGCAACGGUAAACGCCCGUAUUCUUGCACGAUAGAAGGAGAUUUGGUCAUCGGUGAGGAGUUACAGGGAACAGAAUCUGUGAAAAAGGCGGUCGUUAAAAUUAUGUCUCCUCAGAAUAUCAAAGGUGAUGAUACUAAGUAUGAAAUUGUCAUUCCGAGAACAAUUUCACCUGUUAAGAUAUAUUCCGACCUUCAAAUUAAGGUAAAUACUUCAAAACCGACGGUCAUUUCUUGGGGUAUAUUCAUGCAACCUGCACUUCAGGAUGUGGCAAAGGUUUUCGAAAGUUUCACCAAGCCAAACCCCGAUCCUUCCAGCAGUGUCGGAUUCUGGGAUAAAAUGAGACUCAUGAUGCACCUUCGAGUUCUCAUGGACUUCAAUGGCUCUGGGGAUGUGCAAUUCUUCUCAAAAGGCACCCGUGAUCCCUAUCUUAUUACCGGAAAAGGAGCAGGAUUCGUACUGUGUUGGAGGAAGGACGUUAAAAUAAAGCUUGGGUAUGCAAAUGAUCAGAAUGAAGUAUUACAGGUUGAUAGCGACGAAUUCACUCUUGCUAUUCCCAAUUUGAACGCUGUAAUAGCCGAUGGCAGCUUGUCUCCAGAUAACAUCAAGCCGGAAGAUCGAGAAUUAAAUAGCCACCGUUUGAGGAACUCGACUGGUAGUACAAGUACCGAGAGCACACUGGUUUCCGAUUCUCCAAAUUGUCGACUUCUUAAAUGUAUCAUGAAACUUUGCGGGGGAGUUAGAUACGGGAUGGGUUGUCACUUUAAUCGAAGCUGCCGUCAGAAUUACGGUGAAUGUGCAAAGUGCAAGAAAGAAGGAAAAUGUCGGUAUGAAGAUUUCGUUCCGCAUUAUAAAAUUAUUACUAGAAUGCCCGAAUAUGCCAUUGCACCUGCGGGAGAGAUUUACGAUUCUUUCAAGAACUUUCGAUCGGAUGUCAUUCAUCUUUCUAUAAGCGUCACAUGCCCACUUGAAUGGGAUGAAUCUGUGGAUUUAACUAGCGAGGAAAUGUAUCGCCUGAAAAACUCUAUACAUUUUAGUCCCAAGUCACUUCAACACGGUUUAUCCUGGGCAUCGCUUUUUGACCCUGCGAUGUCAAUACCAACUCGUCAGGGUGCAUUAUUUCCCUCUCUCGAAUCUCCAUCUCCAAAACUCGGGAAAUUUUUACAAUCCAUCAAGGUUAAAAUUUUUGUAGGGACAUUAUUUCUUAGUCAUUUUUACAGGGAGGGUUCAUCUUACGAUUCUUUUAAUGAGAGGACAAAUAUUCUGGGGAUAAAAGCUAAAAUAGGAAGAUUUAAGCACGACUUACAUCUCCGGAUGCAAGAAAAGACAAUUUUUUUGGAUGGCAAGGAAGUAAAAAUUCGAGACAUCAUCCUGCAUGAGGCCGAAGUAGAUCUAAAGGAUUUGGACGUACGUGGUAUCGUCGUCCGAUACAUGGACACGAAUACAUCACAAAAUCAAGACGAACACGAUGAAUUUUCGAUGGGUGAGGAUAAGGAUUUCUUGAUGAAUUAUAUUGAAGAUGCGCCUUGGAUUGACGAAGAAGAUUAUGUGGAAUUGGAUGGGGUGCUGCCAGAAGCAAAGCCUGGCGUAAGAGUGCUGCCCUUGUUAAGAAGCCCGCAGAUGAACUACUAUAAACAGCCCGACAAACACGAGACCGAAGAAGAAAAAAAGUUUGAUCAAGGGACCCACGUUUGUCUUAUGGGUCAGGCGCGAGAGACGGGGAAAGUUAAAUUGGAUUUUCUCGUCGAUAGGCUGACCCGAAUUGAUAAAAAUCUCAAACUCCAGAAGAAAUUGCUAGCAGAGAUUGAAGGGGAAAUCAAAAAUGAUCCGGAAAAUCAAGAAUUACAGGAAAAACUUCAGGUUGUUCGACGGAACGUUGCAAUACUUACUCGGAGGUUCAAUCUGAUCAAGGGACAUAGAAUUGAUGAAAAUUCAGAGUCUGUCGACUUUAAAGAAGAGAUUGAAUUGGAUGAACAUGGAGAUGAGGAUGCUGGGAGUUCAAAUUCAAAUUCUCCUUCCCAUAAACAUUUCGAACAUUGUUUCGUGAUUCACAACGCGGAAACAAUAUGGAACAAUUCCCUGCGUAAUUUAGUUUAUAGGUUAUGGAAUCUUAUAGAGAGGCAUCAGGGGCUUACUUAUUACAUGUCAAUGAAUGCUGUCAAGUUUAUUCGAGAUAUGCAAAAGAAUAUUCUCCAGAGAAUAGAAAAGAGGAAUUACGAAAAAUCGCUGAAUGAAAAUUUAGAUCCAAUCGGGAACGGGAUCGACCAUUACGACUUUGAUGCCACCAUGGCUGCAGAGAUGUUGAGAAAACUUGUUGGAGAAAAGAAGGCCAAUUUUGUUAUAUCAGAUGAAACAACCAAGCCUAGUAAUAAACCUUCUCGGAACUCGGAAAAUAUCAAUGAUGACGUACCUGAAGGCUAUUCCCUAUGGAAAAAAUAUAUUGUCCAACUUAUAAAUCCACAGAUUAAUUUUCAGAGUGACAAGAAUCCUCAUGACGCCAUUACGAUGUGUAUGGAGCGGGCCCAAUUAAAAACAUUCUCCAUCUUGGAAGAUUGGUCCGAAGGAGAUUUCAUCAAUGAAGUGGUUAAAACCAGAACUUUCUUUGGAUUGGAUAAUGCACAAUUUUUCACGAGCUCGAAGGAAGACUUUAGUAGUGAUUUCUCGAGGGUCCUUUCUGCUAACAACUAUGGUUCUAAAAACAAUGAGAAUUGGCCUGUUUGGGUUCCAAUUGAAGCACUCAUCAACCAUUCAAAUGCAUUUCCUUUUCAAAGAAUUGUGAGGCGCACUUCGGCCACAAUGCAAUAUGACAAAUAUAAUAAUCUGCGUAUAAAAGGUAGCGACCAUAAAAAGGACGAGUACGAAGCUUCGGAGAAAAAUAUGACGGAGGACUUGGAUCAGGAUGAUUUCCACAAAAGGAUGGAUCUGUGGUACAUAGAUUUUCCGACAAUCAGGUUAACUGCCACGUCAAAUCAAUAUUGUAUCUUGGUUGAUAUUGUCUCGAAUCUUCUUAUGUAUCGUGAACCCGCCAAAAAAGAACGUUCCGAACGAUUGAAUGCGUUCUUACUUGCAGCGGACUUGGACGAUCUGGAUGGCGCAGCCGAGAGGGUAUUAGCAUUACAAGAGCAGAUUCGCCAAUUAGACGAGAUGAGACUUCAGUUUAAAAUAUGUUCGGAUGAGCUAGACACGAAUGGCAUCAAAGAAGUUCGAUUGCUCGAAAUUGAGCUUGCAGAAUUACAGGAAGAAUUAUGCUUACUCAUGGAAGCCAUCACAGCAUCACAGAAUAAAAAGAAGAAGGCGGAAAGCAAGAUGGCAUUGAAAUUUGUCGUCGCUGUUGACGAAGUUACAUGGAUAAUGCAGAACGGUGAUCGAGCUUCGUUUUGCGAAUGGGCACUAAAGAAUGCACAAUUCGUUUGGAUGACAAAGGAAGAAAACUCAAAUAUGUAUAUAUUAGAGAUCGACCACCUGCUUGUAAAAAAUAGGCUUCCAUCACCCGUUUUCAAAGAGCUGAUAUGUCCAUAUAUCACUGACCCUCAACGUCUUGCAGAGUUUUGUCGUAAUAAGAAGAUGAUACGAGUUUAUUGGAAACAGAUGGAACCAGUCGCUGGAAUUGAUAUCGUUGAGCAUUUUGAAGUCAAGAUGUCUCCUCUCAAGUUCCAAAUGCAGUAUGAUGUUGGUAAACUUAUCAUGAUGUAUAUAUUUCCGGAGAAAAAGAAAGCUUACAUGGCUAAUGAAUCUGGAGAAGGAACCAUUGAAAAUUCUCGUAAUCAUCGUACUUCCACUAAGAGAGCAUCAGCCGAAUCUUCAGAGAAGAGCUCCAAAAGUUUACGGGAGACUGGCCACGACGAUGCCAAUGAAACUCAGGAAUCUUCAAGUGAAGCUGAUACCCUAGUCCAAUCGGAUGACGGAUCGUCAUAUAACUCUAGUUCGACAGGUCAGGUAUCAUCUUCAAAGAAAGUCAUUUCAAAACAAACCGCUGAACACAAAGUUGAGCGAUCAUACGAAUUAGAGUUGAUGAAGACCAGAGCGUCUCAAAAUAGAGCUUUUGUUUACAUAAAAGUACCCGGAGUAACGCAUAGCUUCAGUUAUCAGGGUGCUAAGGAAAAAAAUUUAGAAGAUUUAUAUGAUUUUGUAAUUCGCAUGCCUACACUGGAAUACCGAAACAAGACAUGGUCGUGGUUGGAUUUCCUGGAACAUUUGAAAAAAGAUGCCCUGCGCACUAUCCUCUUUCAUUCACCUGCAUUACUAAGGGAAAAGCUAAUAACACCACGACGCGUGCGGCCGAUGAUAUCUACAGACGUAUCACCUGAUAUAAUAAAUUCUGCAUCGGCCUCACCAAUAUCGAUAAUUUCGGAUCCGAUGAAUGAAUUUUUUAAUUCUGAAGAUGGUUUGGAGUUGUCAGGCGAAGCGUUAAUUGACAGCGAAAAGAUGAAAGCGAAACAGAGAAAAUUAAGAGAAUCAAUAAGAUUAAAAUCAAAGAAUCGUGGAGAAUCCAGUUCGUCUUCAAAUCAGAUUGUGAGUUCAAUUAACGAAAUAGCAUCGAAAAUGUCUUCAGAUCCAACCUCUCCUGCUGAUAAACCAGUUGAAGAAGAAAUAGAACAGAAAGGAAAGUUGUUAUUUGGAAGAUUAUUUGAUCAAACCAGAUUUUAA